CAGACACCUUACACUGUACGUCGCAGAUCAGAUACGGGACUAACUAUACGGACGAUGAAUAAAAUGUUAAACCCUUCACCAAGCACACAUCGAAAAAACGAUUAGUCGCCGGCCACUCACUGGUCGGCGAAACUUCACAUAUGAGUUGCAGAACCUCCGAAACAUUGCUUAAAUCUGAGAAACUUUCAUGUAUGUACACUAACGCCCAAGGGCUCCUCAGUAAAAUUACUGAACUUCGACUACGUCAGGUUGCGAAUGCUUGGGACCUAAUUUCUAUUACCGAAACUUGGUUACACCAAGAGGUGAUUGAUGCUGAGGUUGAGAUAGCCGGAAUGUCCCUCAUCCGGAACGACCGCCCCAGCAGAGGAGGUGGGGUCCUACUCUACUACCGCAGCGAUCUACAAUGUACAACCGUUGAUGAUCUGGAAACACACGUUACUGACUCACUCUGGUGCCGUCUCCGAUUGAGACACAACGACACGUGUUUAGUAGCUGUCGUUUACCGCCCCCCAACGUCCACUUCGGAAAUGGAUUCUUGCUUGAUCCAUGGCCUAAACAGAGUAACACGCACUAGGUACAGUCACAUUCUCAUCUCCGGGGACUUCAAUCUACACAAUCUGGAGGCUUCGGCAUCGCCCAGUGAGCAGUUCAAAGCAGACUUGCAUGAACUGAUCGCUAAUAUUCCUUUGUACAAUCAUGUCACCACACCCACUAGAUUCAGGACAGCAAACAAACCGUCCAUACUAGACCUUGUGCUCACGAAUGAAGAGCUCAUGGUUGACAAGUUAUUGAUGGAUAGUCCAUUAGGUCUCAGUGACCAUGUAGUAAUAACUUUUGACUAUGUGUGUUAUGCAGAGUAUCCAUCUGAACACUCGGAACUAACUCAUACAAUCACACGCUACCACGUAUUGAAAGAACUCGCCGACGCAGCUGCUUGGGAAUUCUCAAACAAAAGUCCCCUUGACAACGUUUGGGCAGAGUUCGUUAAUAGACUCAGCGACAUCGUCAACAGAGCAUCGGAGACCAAACCCCUUCGGCCCGCUAAAAUGCCUUCAAUUCUAAGGAGUAGGACUCGCAAAUGCCUGGCGAUAAGGGAUGCAGUAUGGCGUGCCUACAAGAUUAACCCUGACUCAGAGACAUGGGGAAAUUUCCUGACCCAUCGCAACCAUUGCACUGCACUUGUCCGUGAGGACAAACUAACUUAUCAACAGAGCCUAGCCAAAAAAUUCAUGGCAAACAACAAACUGCUAUAUAGGCAUGUCAAUAAGCUUCGUAAAGUGAAGCAUGGAAUCCCCCCACUUUUCACGACAGGCGGUAGAGUACAAAGCGCCGAAGAAGCAGCUAAUGCCCUGCGGCUGCAAUACGCCCCAAUCUUCGAACUCGCAACUUCUACCUGUCCCAUAUUAUCAAGCACAUUACCGACACCUUUGUUUACAAAUGUAAUUUUCAACCCAUCAAUUGUGCUGAGGAAGUUACUCUCACUGCGUGAGCAUAGUUCUCCAGGAGCAGACAACAUCCGCCCGAAGGCACUGAAGGCUAUGGCCACCAAGCUAGCUGAACCACUGUCACAGUUCUUCCAAAGGUGCUUUGAUGAACAGCAAGUCCCCACUAUGUGGAAGUGUGGCAUUAUAACCCCUAUUUUUAAAGGCGGUAGCCGUUCCGAUCCUGCAAACUAUCGUCCAGUGACUCUCCUCCCUGUGCUCGCGAAGGUGAUGGAAGCAGUCGUCGCUGAGGCUUUAAUGGACUACCUGGAAAAAUGCAACAUCUUGGUACCGGAACAGCAUGGCUUCCGUCAACACCGGUCAUGCACCACCAACCUACUUAUUGCUCGAGGUAGUUGGACGGAAGUGGCCGAUGAUGGGGUCGGAGUCGAUGUCAUCUAUCUGGACUUCUCCAAAGCUUUCGACCGCCUUGAUCACCGCAUCCUACUUCAAAGACUACAAAGUUACGGAAUCGGAGAUCCUGUACUUGGUUGGAUUGGCAACUUCCUUUACCAACGAAAGCUUCAAGUACGUGUUAGGGGAUCACUUUCUAACCCAAUUGAGGUGCAAUGUGGUGUCCCACAAGGCUCAGUGCUGGGACCGCGUUUAUUCCUGGUGUUUAUCAACGACCUGGCAAGGGUCAUCUCCUCAAAUUUCCUGCUUUUCGCCGAUGAUGUCAAGAUAUGGCGGGCGAUUGGUAACAAGCCAGAUCAGGAUCUGCUCCAACAUGACCUAGAUUGCAUUUAUGAAUGGUCAAAGAGGAACAAGCUUCAAUUGAACAUAGCUAAGUGCAAAGUGAUGCAUCUGCGUCACCAGCCGGUGAGCGCUUACAAGAUUGGAGACCACACCUUGGAGAAGGUUUCUCAGGAGCGUGACCUUGGUGUAUUGGUGCAGGAAGAUCUCGGGUGUUCAAAACAAGCAGAGAAGGUGACGAAAACCGGAAAUCAACACCUCGGCCUUCUUCGCAGAGCCUUCGGUCGGUUUGAACCCUCAAUCUUUCCCCAAAUGCUUAACGCUUACGUGCGACCGCACGUGGAAUAUGCUAUUCAGGUGUGGCAGCCGUGGCAGAAACAGGAUCUCGUUGCUCUCGAGACUCCUCAACGAAGGGCAACCAAGAAUGUCAGGGGCCUCUUUCAUUUGCCCUAUCAGCUUAGAUUGAAAUCUCUAAGAAUCUACAGCAGUCGAUAUCGGCUUUUGCGGGGGGAUCUCAUAAUGGUUUACCAGAUCCUGAAGAACCCAAACCACAUUUGUCGUCCGCUGCUGGAAUUGAACCACAACACUAAACUAAGAGGUCACCCUCUGAAACUGACAAUUCAGUAUAGCCGGCUUGAAUGCCGUAGAAAUUUCUUUUCUCUCCGCGUGUGCCAGCCGUGGAACGCCCUCCCUAAUUAUGUCGUCUCUGCUCCCAAUCUGGCAAUAUUUAAAAAACGUGUUGACGAUGCAUUGUCUCACUUGCAUUUCAUUUUAUGA